UGACAUUGUCAUUGUAAGGGCGUACGCUGACGACCACUCCGCCGGGAGUGGAGACGGGGCGAGAUACGAGAUACCGGCCGAUCAUUGUUGAUAUCAGUACAACUUUCACCAGUAUUCAUCGCGAUAUUUCGCCGUGUGCUUAGGGUCGACCUAUAUAUAUAAAUAAACAUACUCGCCCUCGUCUACCGAUCAAUCGUCUUCGAGGCUUAUUCGGAACUCGAACCAGCAGGGCUGUGCCGAGGUUGGCUGGCUUCAGCAGAGGCACCCUUGGUCCACACAAGUAUUUACCUAUUGUGCUACGACUACUUCUCGCUUUUGGUAUACUGUACCAUUGUCAGUCUGUGGGAGGGAGCCAAGUGAGAAUUCAGAAGCACACGGUCCGGUCGGAACAUACCACACGGAGCAUACUGAUGUGAAGGUUCCCAUUUGUGUUUAUCUAUUUAUCUAUCCACGUUACUCAUCUUCGGCCCGAGAUUGCGAACUACCAUAGGAGAGUGCUGGGGAAGGCAUUCUGUGAUAUCGCGACUGCACAGAGCAUAGGAGUCCAGUCAUUGCGGUUUAUUCGACAUUUUGAAUAUCUACAUCAUUGAUGUUCAAGACUACCGGGAGGGUUAUCAGUGUGCAACUUCAAGCGCCGACUUACCCGUGGAGUCAAAUACAGCCAUCAAGCAACUUGAACAGAACGACGAGCCUCACAGCCUUGGCUAGGCUGACCAUAUUUCUCCCUACGUUGACCAGAUCCAGAACAAUCUGCACACCAACAAAGAGGACCUGGUCUUUGGUUCAAAACACAAGGCCGAACGAGGCCCCUUUUCAAAGCAGCAGCACAUCAACACUUUCACCCGCGUUUCACCAGCAUCAGCAUCAGCACUACUUCAGCACCUUACUCUCGAGAUCUUCUUCCACCUCCCAAUCCAAAAUGGUGGCCAACCUGAACCUCAACGGCCAUUCGGCGUCCUUCCACUCCUCACCACCGCCUUUACCGCCCGGCAAAAGCAAACACCACAUUGUGAUGCUGGAAUCAAUCCACUGCGCACCGCCCACAUUCGACUUCCCACACACGAUGGACACACACCUGCGCACCACGCCAGCCCAAGUGGCGGAACGCAUCCGAGACGCCACGAUAGUGAUUGCAUGCGUCGUGCCCGUGACGCCCGCCGACAUGGACCAGGCUCCCCACCUGGACAUUUUGGCGGUCAUGGCCGUCGGGAUCGGCUGGGUCGACAAGGCCGACUGCGCACGUCGAGGAGUCACUGUCACCAACUGCAUCGCGGGCAACGUGGACGCCGUGUCCGAGCACUUUCUGGGUCUGUAUUUCGCCGCUCGGAAGAACUUGGUCCGCGCACAUCGGGCAGUAACUCAAACGCACGAUUGGAAGGAAAAGGGGACUUUGACAAAGACGCUUUUCAGCUCCGACACCUCACCGAAGAACCAAACCGAAAAUCAAAAUCAAGAUCAAGAUCAAGAUCAAGUAUCGGCUCGUGGCGGUGGUGGUGCCAGUGGUCCACCCAUGGGCUGUGGUCAAGAAGUGCUAGGGAUCAUGGGUUACGGGGCUCUCGGGAAGAGGAUCGAAAAGUUAGCCAAGGCAGUUGGCUUUGGCGAGGUUUUGAUCAGUGAGCGAAAACAUGGACACGGGCACAAGGAUAUUCGACAAGGCCGCACCCCAUUCACCGAGACCCUCCGCCGCGCAACCACAAUCUGCAUCUGUCUCCCCAAAGAACCAGACACAGUCGACUUGAUUGCUGAAAAGGAAUUACGCCAAAUGCGACCUGAUGCCUGUCUGAUCAAUUUGGCCCGUGGUGGCAUUGUCAACGAAGCAGCUCUGGCAAAGGCCCUGAGAGAGCACUGGAUAGCAUGUGCUGCGACGGACGUUUUAGAGGUUGAACCGGCCUUUCCAGGUUCGAGUCCAUUGGUUCCGGAGGAAGGCGGUGAGGAGGUGCCGAAUUUGACGAUUUCCCCCCAUAUAGCAUGGUACACACAAUCCACCAUCGAAAACUACAAACGUCUCCUGAAACAGGGUAUCGAAGGCUGGGUUGCGGGGACACUACAGCAUGGUCCGGACAAGGUUGACGAGGUGGUUGUUGUGCAUGGUGGUAAGGUUUGGAGAUGAGACCUAAUACUGAGCAAAGGGGAGUAGGUACUAUAUCAGCGAAGAGAAGUAGAUCUUACUGUAUAUAUCUUGGAUCAAAUUCUAGACAAAUGCCAGUGGGAGGUGCCUAGGAAUCUAUCUAGGUACAGUAUCUAGUGGAUUUUGGCUGUAUUGGCAGCGAAUGCCAUUCGAAAAAUUAAAGACAUACCGUGCAUGUAUGGUCUAUAAACGAGUGCGGAGCACCUACUAAUGUGGAAGGUACCAGCAUUUAUUAAUAGCCUCAAUUUGACAUCGAAGCUCAAACCAG